AUGCCAAAACCAACUCAAAUUAUCGCUCUAGGUGCAAUUGCUGCCGGUGGUGCUUACUACUACGACCAAAACGUCCAGCCAAUUUGGUCCAACCACAAGGUUCCUCCAAUUGAAGAUGACAAGAAGCAACCUUUUGACUUGAAAAAAAUCGAUUCCAAAACAAAGGAAUUGGGGAAUAAAUUAACCAAUCGUUUUGAAGAACAAAAGAAGGAAAUUGAAUCCAAAACGAGAAACUCGUCUUUAUUCAAUCAAGUCAAGGAAGAACCAAAAGACAAUCGUACUUUGCCAAUCAAACUUGCUGAUAAAUACAUCGACGUGAUUAAUUCCUUUGGUGAGUCAACCACGGCCAAAACCACGGAAUUGAACCAGGAUUCUAAAAAUUUGAAGUCCAAGGUGGAGGACGAAUCCAAAUCUUGGUUCAACUGGUUUGACUCUAAAAAGAAGGAUGAACAGGCUAACUUAGAAGCCUCCAAAGAACAUUGGUUUGACUGGGGGGCCUCCAAACAAGACCAAUUGACUAGUCAGGCCGAAGAAGAAAAGAAGAAUUGGUUAAACUGGGGGUCCGCCAAAAAGGAUGAAGUUAAUGACCAACUAAACGACGUUAAGGAUUGGAAUAAAUCAAAAUUACAAGAAGCUGAUGAAACUAGAUUAAAAUACCAACAACAAGUCAAGGACGAAUACGACGUUCAAUCUAAAAAAUUCAACGACACCUUAAGUAAGGAGAAGAAGGCCGCCAUUGACCAAUAUAACUCGGCUAAACACAACUUGGAGGACUUGACCAGCAAGCUCUCUUCAAAGACAUCCUCGUUAUUUGGAUCUAAAGAAGAAGCUUCCGAAAAGGAAAAAGCUAACGCUCAUCUCAACCAAGCUAAAAAGGAUUUUGAAGACUCUUUAAAUAAUUUGAAAAAAUUUGGGGAUGACUUUGUUAAACAUAUUGACCAAAACUAUUACGUUCCAUUGAAAAAAGAUGUUCAUAAUUUAGAUAAAUAA